CACAGACACUUGACGUUUCUCAUUCUUUCAAUCCAUUCCAACCAACCCACACUUGCAUUUGCACCUUCUUCCUCUUACCACCCACACAUCCACCCCCCCACAUUUACACAAUGGGUUUCCUCAGUGAAUUGGUGUCAGAAUUCACGGGCUCCAAGAGCGGCGGCGGCCAGCAGCAACAACAAUCCGGAUAUUCCGGAUAUCCCCCACAGGGACAGUAUGGUGGCUAUCAGCAACAACAGCAGGGCUAUCCCCCACAGCAGGGCUACCCACCACAGCAACAGGGCUACCCGCCACCACAGCAGUCUUCCGGACCACCACCAGUUUCCCCUCCAUGGUACGCAGAGUGGGAUGGACGCGAGAACCGGUGGAUCUUUGUGAACCAGCAAAACGGUGAACGCACAUACAACUACCCUGGCCCCGGCUUCGCACAACAGCAAGGCAGCUAUGGUGCCCCACCACCACAGGGCGGAUAUGGCUACGGCCAGGGUGGCUACAGCAAUCAGGGUGCAUACAACCAAAGCGCAUACGACCCUACACGUGGCUCCCAGCCAGAGGAGAAGAAGAGCGGAGGCAAUGGCUGGAAGUACGCCGCAGCGGGUGCCGCUGGACUUGCAGGUGGAGCUCUACUAAUGCACGAGGGUGAUAAAAUUGGCGAAAAAAUGGACGAACUCAAAGACGACGUCGAAGACGCCCCCGAAAACGCCGCGCACUGGACCGGCGAGCAAGUCGGCCGCGCCGAGAACUUCGGCGACAAUGUCGAACAGAAAUGGGACGAUGGUGUCCAGAACGUCGAGGAUUUCCCUGAAAACGCAGCCAGGUGGACGGGUGACAAGGUCCAGGAGGUUGAGGAUUUCCCUGAAGACGCAGCCAGGUGGACGGGUGACAAGGUCCAGGAGGUUGAAGAUAUCCCAGACGAUAUCGAGAAUAAGUGGGAUAACAUGGUUGGUGGUGUGGAGAGAUUUGGGGAUAACAUGGGGGAUGCGUAUGACGAGGGAAAGGAGGAGCGGAGGUAUGAGGAUGAGGAGGAUUAUUAGAGUAGAGAUGAGGGAUGGAAGCGGUUGGGGAGAUGGAGCCAUAUACCAGCAACACUAUAUUCUGACCACUUCUAUGAAUGACUUUAUUGCAUCACUGUUCAUUAUGAGGAUUCAAUGAAUGAAUGAUCUUGUUUU